ACUGACUGACAGAUAAAUCUUAUUUUUGACAGAAAAAUAAAAUAAUUUUAAGUUCAAUAUUUUUGUUUAAAUUAAUUUAUAAAUAUGUCGAUGAGACCAGACGACCAUCGUAGAAAAUGGGACAGAGAUGAAUACGAGAAAUUAGCAGAAGAGCGUCUGAAAGAGGAAAAGUCUCAGAAAGAAGAUAGUGAAAGCAAAAAGAAGGGCCCCCCUGUUAAAAGGGAACUAUUAAAAACUCGUGAAUACAAAGUUGAUUUAGAUUCUAAAUUAGGAAAAAGUAUUGUUAUUAAUAAAAAUACACCAACAUCUCAGUCCGGUGGUUAUUAUUGCAAUGUUUGCGACUGCGUUGUUAAAGACUCAAUUAAUUUCUUGGAUCAUAUCAAUGGAAAGAAACAUCAGCGUAACUUGGGUAUGUCCAUGAAAAUUGAAAGAAGUUCAUUAGAUUCUGUAAAAAAACGAUUUGAAUUGAAUAAGAAGAAAAUGGAAGAGAAAAAGAAAGAUUAUGAUAUGGCUGCACGAAUGCAGGAGAUUGCCGAGGAGGAAGAGAAAUUAAGAGAAUACAGACGAGAAAAAAGAAAGGAAAAACGCAAGGCCGAGGAAAUGUCAGAAGAACAAGAGCCUCAGAAUGAGAUAGCAAGUAUAAUGGGUUUUUCGGGUUUCGGAUCUUCUAAAAAGAAAUAAUAUAAUGUAGCUUGUGCUUGAUUAAUUAAAUUUAAGACAUUUCUAAUGAUUAUUCUUUAUUAUUGUU